CGGCGAAACGUUUCGUAACUUAACGAGAAAAGUAGUGAACGAAACGAGAGAAAAUACCAAAACUCCAUCUUUCUCCAACAGCAAAACCAAAAACGAAAUCAAAUGGCAUCGUCGCAAACCCAAGCCACCCCCUGCCUUGCUUCUCCUCCUCCCACACCCUUCAACCUUUUAUAUUUUUUAUUAAUUAAUUUAAUUAAUCAAUAAUCCCUCAAUGAUUAAUAAUACAAAGCUUUAAAUCCCCUCCCCUCCACCAUCCAAUCAAUUUCGUUUCAAUCAUUUUCAACGUCGCUGUCACGCGGCAAAUCAAAUCAAAAGCUCCAAUCACCGCCGGUCUCCUCCCUCCCUCCCUCCGCUCGCCUCCGUCAAAUCAAAAGCAGAGGAAUUUUCAACGACACAGUCACGCGGCGAUACCGAAAUCGGAAAUAGAAGAAUCCGAUGAGUAACCAGAAGAAGCGGAAUUUUCAGAUAGAGGCCUUCAAGCACAGAGUGGUGGUGGAUCCGAAAUACGCUGACAAGACGUGGAAUGUUCUGGAGCACGCAAUCCGCGAGAUUUACAAUCACAAUGCCAGUGGCCUCAGCUUCGAAGAGCUUUACAGAAAUGCCUACAAUAUGGUGCUUCACAAAUUCGGCGAGAAGCUUUACUCGGGACUGGUUACAACCAUGACUUCCCAUCUCAAAGAGAUAUCUAAAUCGAUUGAAUCUGCUCAGGGUGGAAUGUUUCUUGAAGAAAUGAAUAAGAAAUGGACCGAACACAACAAGGCGUUGCAGAUGAUUCGAGACAUUCUGAUGUACAUGGACAGGACUUACAUUCCGAGCACCCAGAAAACCCCAGUUCACGAGCUUGGGCUGAACCUUUGGAGAGACAACAUUGUCCGCUCUAGCAAGAUUCAGACGAGGCUUCUAAACACACUUCUUGAACUAGUGCUGAGAGAACGAACAGGUGAUGUUAUCAACCGCGGUUUGAUGAGGAAUAUAAUCAAGAUGCUUAUGGAUUUAGGUCCUUCAGUUUACCAGGACGACUUUGAGAAUCAUUUUCUUGAGGUUUCAGCUGAAUUUUACAAGGGCGAGUCUCAAAAUUUUAUCGAGUGCUGCGAUUGUGGAGAUUAUCUGCAGCAGGCUGAGAGGCGCCUGAAUGAGGAACUGGAGAGGGUGACACAUUACUUGGAUGCCAAGAGUGAAGCCAAGAUAACGAAUGUGGUGGAGAAGGAGAUGAUUGCAAACCACAUGCUGAGAUUAGUCCACAUGGAGAAUUCAGGUUUGGUGAACAUGCUUCUUGAUGACAAGUACGAAGACCUUGGAAGAAUGUACAACUUGUUCCGUCGGGUUGCCAACGGUCUCUCAACAAUACGAGAAGUGAUGACUUCCCACAUCAGGGAAACCGGUAAACAGCUGGUUAGUGAUCCGGAAACGUUGAAAGAUCCGGUGGAAUUUGUCCAAAGGCUCUUGGAUGAGAAGGAUAAGUACGAUAGCAUCAUUAGAUUGUCUUUUAACAAUGACAAGACAUUCCUAAAUGCCUUGAAUUCCUCUUUCGAGUACUUCAUUAAUCUCAACAACCGCUCGCCUGAGUUCAUCUCACUGUUCGUUGAUGACAAACUCCGCAAAGGUUUGGAGGGGGUCAGCGAGGAGGAUGUAGAAAUUAUUCUCGACAAGGUGAUGAUGUUGUUCCGUUACCUGCAGGAGAAAGACGUAUUCGAGAAGUACUAUAAACAGCAUUUGGCAAAGCGGCUUUUGUCCGGUAAAACUGUCUCCGACGAGGCAGAGAGAAGUUUGAUAGUUAAGCUCAAGACCGAAUGCGGAUACCAAUUUACUUCAAAAUUAGAGGGCAUGUUUACAGACUUGAAAACUGCCCAGGAUACAAUGCAAGGGUUUUAUGCAAGUCAUCCCGAGCUAGGGGAUGGCCCUACAUUGACUGUCCAGGUUCUGACGACAGGGUCCUGGCCAACUCAACCUAGUGUGACAUGCAACCUUCCGUUAGAGAUGUCAGAACUCUGUGAGAAGUUCCGUUCGUAUUACCUCGGGACGCAUACAGGUCGGAGAUUGUCCUGGCAGACUAACAUGGGCACGGCGGAUAUAAAGGCUACCUUCGGGAAAGGCCAGAGGCAUGAGUUGAAUGUCUCCACUUACCAAAUGUGUGUCCUAAUGCUGUUCAAUAAUGCCGAUCGGCUGAACUAUAAGGAGAUUGAGCAGGCGACGGAGAUUCCUGCUUUAGAUUUGAAGAGAUGUCUGCAAUCCAUGGCUUGUGUGAAGGGCAAGAAUGUUCUUCGGAAAGAGCCUAUGAGUAAAGACAUUGGUGAGGACGAUGCUUUUUUCGUUAAUGACAAGUUCACGAGUAAGUUACAUAAGGUGAAGAUAGGAACUGUGGUUGCACAGAAGGAAUCAGAACCUGAAAAGCAAGAGACUCGGCAGAGAGUGGAGGAGGACAGGAAGCCCCAGAUCGAAGCUGCGAUUGUGAGGAUCAUGAAAUCAAGGAGGACUCUGGAUCAUAACAACGUAAUAUCCGAGGUCACAAAGCAGUUGCAAUCUCGAUUCCUGGCCAACCCAACGGAGGUUAAGAAGCGGAUUGAGUCUCUUAUCGAGCGGGAAUUUUUGGAACGGGACAAUGUGGACAGAAAAUUGUAUCGGUAUCUUGCUUAACGAAAUCGUUUAAUUGUUGUCUUAGCAUUUACAACUGAAAAGUGUACCUCGGCUAGGGCAAAUGUAACGUUGUCCUGAUCUCUGUAAGCUCCAUUGAUGUUCAAUGAAUAUCCAUUUAUUUCCA